GACCGACUGUGUUGGACGCGUCUUCAACCACACCGCUAAACCAUCUCUGUAGCUUGUUAGCCAACAUGAAAUACAAACAUUGAAGCUCUGUAGGCCAUUUUUGUGUAGCCACACGAAUCUCGGUGAUUUAAACACAGUUCUUUUAACGUAUCUACUAGUUCAAUUAAACGUGAUUUGCUUGCUAAAUUUGCACAUGUGUUACCGGGCCUAGCACUAGGCUAGUCGCUAAUGCUAGCUAGCUAACAUCCCUGACAAUGAGCUCACAAAGCUACUCUCCUGCUGCUAAUGAAGAGGAGGUCUGCUGGACGGAGAAAGCAGCUAUGGGGAUGAACAUUGUCAUUAAAGAAGAAGAGGAGGAUAUUACAGUGAUAGGAACGGAAGAAGCUUGUCGAAUUAAAACAGAGGAAGAGGAGGAAGGGAUAGAGGCUGUCACGGUGGAAGAAGAGGUAGAAGCUUUCAGAAUAAAAAAGGAGAUGGCUUCCUCUAUCACAUUGAAAGAAGAGCCUUUUGGAGUGAAGGAGGAGUCAAUAACAUUGAAAGAAGAGAAACCUUUUGGGGUGAAAGAGGAGGAGACAGAAGAUCCGGUUAACACUGAUCCACAAAUGAGGCAAUAUGCAGUUUCCUGGCCCUCCCAGGGCUCUACAGUGAAGGAGGACAUCAGAAAGACACAGGAACAAUCUAAUGUGACACCUGUGAGUCCCAGACAGUUUGGUCGUGAUGACGAUGCUAUUCACUGCGACAAAGAAUGGGACAUGAAAGACAAGGAUUGGUUUCCUAGCAACGGGCUGAAGGCGGAGUUGGCUCCAGAGAGCCACACCCCUGAGCAGAGGGGAGUGGACAUGUCUUUCCCUCUCCCAGAGUCCCCAGGUCGUGCCUCUCCCACUGUUGCCUUACUGUGGGGUCUGAAGAGGGUGUCUGUGCAGCUGGUCGACUGCAGGAAAACACCGGGUCUGCGUGGAACUGUGAGAGGAGAAGAAGAGGGAGAUUCAGAUUCAAAAGAGGAUGUCUGCUGGACGGAGAAAGAAGCUCUGGGGCUGAACAUUAUCGUAAAAGAAGAAGAAGAGGAGGAUAUUAGAGUGAAAGGAGAGGAAGGUGAAGAAGGAGGAUAUUAG